AUGGCAGUCACAAUCAUUUUCCUCCUGUGUGUGUGUUUAAGCUUACUAUCUAAUGCUGAUCACGUGCAUGGACUUGCAAGAUGGCCUGGUGGGAGUUCAACAAGGUUCUAUGAAUUCAAGGUCAAAACUAAAAGCAUAACGAAGCUUUGUAGCACCAACAACAUCAUCACCAUAAAUAACAUGCUCCCGGGACCAGUUAUUUAUGCUCAAGAAGAUGAUCGAGUAAUAGUUAAACUCAUUAAUCAGACACCACAUAAUGCCACAAUCCACUGGCAUGGUGUCCGGCAGAGGCUAUCGUGCUGGUUUGACGGCCCUUCUUAUGUCACACAAUGUCCGAUUCAGCCCGGACAGACUUUCACCUAUGAGUUUACACUUGUGCAGCAAAAGGGCACCCUACUUUGGCAUGCUCAUGUAUCAUGGCUCAGGGCAACUGUUUAUGGUGCCAUUGUUAUAUAUCCCAAGACUGGUGUACCCUACCCUUUUCCAUACCCUUAUGAAGAGCACAUCAUUAUCCUAGGGGAGUAUUAUUUGAGAGAUCCUCUACAACUCGAGCAGGCUGUUCUAGCUAGCGGUGGAGGUCCCCCACCGGCAGAUGCUUAUACCAUCAACGGGCACCCUGGUCCCAAUUAUAAUUGCUCUACCAAUGAUGUGUACAAGAUUGACGUAGUCCCAGGGAAGACGUACCUAUUGAGAUUAAUCAACGCGGGAUUGAACAUGGAGAAUUUCUUUGGGGUGGCUAAUCACAAGAUGACAGUUGUUGAAGCUGAUGCAGAAUACACGAAGCCUUUUACUACAGAUCGUGUUAUGCUUGGGCCAGGCCAGACCCUCAAUGUGCUGAUCACUGCCAAUCAACCCAUAGGAAGAUACACCAUGGCCAUGGGACCUUACAUGUCUGCAAGAAAUGUACCAUUCCAAAAUAUAACGUCAGUAGCCUACUUCCAGUACUUGGGUGCCACCCCAAAUAGCGUAUCUCUACCAGCUGCUCUUCCACGUUUUAAUGAUAAUCUUGCCGUUAAAACCGUGAUGGACGGCCUUAAGAGUCUUAACCCUGCAAGUGUCCCAAAAGAAAUAGAUAAGAAUCUGUUUGUUACUAUUGGCUUAAAUGUGCAAAAAUGUGGAAGAGAAAAUCCACGGCAGGAUUGCCAAGGCAUCAAUGGUGGAAUCAUGGCUGCUUCUAUGAAUAACAUAAGUUUUAUUCGGCCUAAUGUUUCACUCUUGGAAGCCUAUUACAGGAAGAUAAAUGGACAUUUCACGGAAGAUUUCCCUGCCUCACCCCUUAAGUUCUAUGAUUUUGUUAACGGGGCUCCUAAUAAUGCUCCUAAUGAUACUAAUGCAUUGAAUGGAACAAGGACUUUUGUCCUUGAAUAUGGUACUAGGGUUCAGCUUGUCUUGCAGGAUACAGGGACUAUCACAACAGAAAAUCAUCCAAUUCAUCUUCAUGGAUACAAUUUCUAUGUUGUCGGCUAUGGCACUGGGAACUAUAAUCCAGAUAUAGCCAAUUUCAACUUGGUCGAUCCACCGUACAUGAACACCAUUGGAGUUCCAGUUGGUGGAUGGGCUGCAAUCAGAUUUCUUGCUGAUAACCCAGGGACUUGGUUUAUGCAUUGUCACUUGGAGAUACAUUUGACAUGGGGUUUAUCAGUGGUGUUUAUUGUGAAGAAUGGGCAAGGACCACUAGAGACCCUACCUCAUCCUCCAGCAGAUUAUCCCCGAUGCUAG